AUGGUAGGUGUAAGAUCAGGAGAGAGUAGUACUACUGGGAAUGAUCAAAACCUGGGAGUAGGUUGCUUUGUAAUGAAGGGAGGGGAGGUUACUUUCUCCCUCAUGGAUAAAGUAGGAUUUUGGAAUGUUAGAGGGCUCAAUAGUCCUAAAAAACACGGGGAUGUGAGGAAUUUACUCCAUUCUCAUAAUUAUGGAUUAUUUGGCCUUCAGGAAACUAGGGUUAAAUCUUGUAAUUUUCAUAAGAAUGGUUCUGUUAUCACUUUAUCUGAAGUGGAAGGAAUUAGAACCUGUCUUAGAGAUUGUGGCCUACUUGAGUUAGAAUCUACUGGGCCAUUUUAUACUUGGUCAAAUAAGCAGGAAGGAGUUGAAAGAGUCUUUUCCAAGAUUGAUAGGGUGUUUGUAAAUGAAUUGUGGAGUGUGAAAUUCCCUGACUCUCUUGCUAAUUUCUUACUAAAGAGUGUCUCUGAUCACAAUGCUUGUAUAAUUCAGCUUGAAUUGCUUAGGAACUCUAAACCUAAGCCAUUUAAGUUCUUCAACAUGUGGACUACUGCUCCAAUGUAUAUUGAGAUUAUAAUGCAGGGGUGGCAGAAGAAUGUGCAAGGAUGUGAGAUGUUUAAGGUGGUUAAGAAAAUGAAGAUGUUGAAGCAGGAUAUAAGAGUUCUCAAUAGAUCAAAAUUCUCUAAUAUUGAAAAUGAAGCUGAAAUUGCUUACAAGAGAAUGAUUGAAGCUCAAAGGAAUGUUCAUGCAAGUCCUAGUGACAGUGUACUCCACCAGAUUGAAACUGAGGAUAUGUUAAGACAUUAUAAGAGGAAAAGUGAGCCAGCUAGGUGUACAAUUAAACUUGACCUUAUGAAAGCUUAUGACUCUCUCAGUUGGGACUUUCUGAAGGAAUUGCUGCAAGGUCUUGGCUUCCCUGAUAAAUUUGUGAACUGGGUGAUGAUCUGUGUCACCUCUCCUUCUUACACCCUGAGUAUUAAUGGCAGUCUAUGUGGAUUCUUUGCUGGAGAAGUUCAAUCUGCCAUUCUGUUGAAAAGAGUCUUGAAGACUUUUUCAGAUACAUCUGGGUUGUUUGCUAGCCAAGAGAAAACUGCUCUCUACUUUGGCAAUGUGAAGGAGGAAGUGCAAGCUAGAAUUUUGCAGGUUACAAGGUUUCAAAGAGGGACAUUUCCCUUCAGGUAUCUAGGAGUUCGUAUUACCUCUAAAAGACUUGCAAAAUCAGACUGUGAUGCUUUGGUUGAUAAAAUAGUGAAAAGAAUUGUUUGCUUGAGUUCAAGACAUUUAUCAUAUGCUGGUAGAUAUGUAUUGAUCAAUUCUGUUCUCCUAAGUUUGCACACCUAUUGGGCAAAGGUGUUCCCGUCUUCCAAAGGGUGUAUUGGACAAUAUUGUUCAGAUUUGUAG